AUGCAGGCAGCUAUCGCGGCGGAGCGUGUGUGUGUGGCCAGGGGCCCGGCUGCCCGCCCCACGGCGCAGCCCCGCGGCCUCCCCGCAGCAGCAGCAGCCCCCAAGGUGAUUGCCCGCUCCAGCGUGCUGGCCAGGGCGGCCACCGAGGAGGUGAAGACCGCCGGCACCAAUGGCGCGCCCCUGAAGCCCGCCACGGCCGCCAUGGAUUUUGACGAGCUGACGGAGCUGAUCAAGAUGGUGCACUCCACCGACAUUGUGGAGCUGGAGCUGAACAGCAAGAAGUUCAGGCUGUCGGUGAAGAAGAAGGAGGCGCUGGAGGCGGCGGAGCCGCAGAUCAUCCACAUGCAGGCCCCCGCAGCAGGCUACGCCGCAGCGCCGCAGCCCAUGGCCAUGCCCGCCCCCGCGCCCGCCCCGGCGGCCGCCCCCGCGGCGCCCGCCCCCGCCGCCGCCGCGCCCAAGCCCGCGGCGCCCGCGGCCGUGGACGGCCUGGAGGUUGUGUCCCCCAUGGCGGGCACCCUGUACCGCUCCCCCGCCCCUGGCGAGCCGGCGUUUGUCAAGGAGGGCGACAGCGUGACCAAGGGCCAGGUCAUCUGCAUCGUGGAAGGUGAGCCCUGGCAGCCUGGGGCGGAGACCUCCGGCACCGUGGUCAAGAUCCUGGCCAGCGACGGCGACGCCGUGCUGCCGGGCCAGCCUCUGAUGGUCAUCAGGCCCUGA